UUAUAUAAACAAGUGUUGUGUUCGGUUUAUCUUAUACUCCACCAUUAUCACAGCAUUGCACACUUGCAUUUGCUUCCAUAAUGGACUUAACAAUUUGUGCAGCACUCUUACUAGCAGCACUGUCUUUUUUUCUAGUCCUUGCCUAUCUCCACCGCCGCAAAAUCAACUCGCCACCAGGCCCCAAGCCCUGGCCUAUCAUCGGAAACCUUAACCUCAUCGGUCCCCUACCUCACCGCACAAUUCACCAAUUGUCGAAAAAAUAUGGUCCUAUAAUGCAGGUCCGGUUCGGUUCAUUUCCAGUAGUUAUUGCUUCUUCCGUGGAAAUGGCCAAAAUAUUUCUCAUAAAUAUGGAUGCCAAUUUCAGUGGCCGUCCCAAGACGGCCUCGGGGAAAUAUACAACGUAUAAUUACUCCGAUAUCACGUGGUCGCCUUAUGGCGCGUACUGGAGGCAAGCCAGAAAAUGGUGUGUGACAGAGCUUUUCAGCAAGAAAAGGAUCCAGUCUUAUGAGUACAUCAGGCAGGAAGAAACAAAGGCAUUGUUGAAAGAACUUCACGCGGCUUCGGGGACUAAUGUUGUGAUCAAAGAUUAUCUUGCGAAGGUUAGUUUGAACGUGAUUAGUCGCAUGGUGUUGGGGAAAAAGUAUUCAGAUGACAAUGAGGAAGAGGAGAGUGGGAUUGUUAGUUCUAAGGAGUUUACGGAUAUGAUUGAGGAAUUGUUUUAUUUAAAUGGUGUGCUGAAUAUUGGAGAUUCGAUUCCUUGGAUUGAUUUUUUGGAUUUGCAAGGCUAUGUGAAGAGGAUGAAGAUUCUGAGCUUCAAAUUUGAUAGGUUCUUGGAGCAUGUUCUCGACGAGCAUAAUGAGAGGAGGAAGAAUGAAGGCCAAGAUUUUGUGGCUAAGGAUAUGGUGGAUGUUUUGCUUCAGCUGGCCGACGAUCCAAAUCUGGAGGUUAAGAUCCAAAGGCAUGGAGUUAAAGCCUUUACACAGGACCUCCUUGCUGGUGGAACUGAGAGCUCUGCAGUGACAGUGGAAUGGGCGAUUUCAGAACUUCUACGCAAGCCUGAAAUACUGGAAAAGGCGACAGAAGAACUCAACCGAGUGAUUGGAACAAGUAGAUGGGUAGAAGAAGAUGACAUGAGAAAUCUUCCCUAUAUUCAAGCCAUUGUCAAAGAGACAAUGAGAUUGCACCCUGUUGCACCACUGCUAGCACCACGUGAGGCUCGCCAAGACUGUAAAAUAGGCGAAUAUGAUAUUGUGAAAGGUACCCGGAUUCUGGUAAGUGUAUGGAGCAUAGGGAGAGAUCCUGCAUUGUGGGAAGAGCCGAAUGAAUUUGUUCCCGAAAGAUUUAUUGGCAAGAAUAUCGAUGUCAUAGGAACGGAUUUCGAGCUACUUCCAUUUGGAGCUGGAAGAAGAAUGUGCCCUGGAUAUGCUUUAGGAAUGAAAGUCAUUGAAUCAAGUUUGGCAAAUCUGUUGCAUGGAUUCAGUUGGAAACUGCCGAAAUCAAUGCAAGAAGAUGAAGUGAAUAUGGAGGAAAUAUUUGGGCUUUCAACUCCUAAGAAGAUCCCACUGGUUACAGUUCCAGAGCCCAGACUUCCUCUCCAACUCUAUUAGGAAUUUAUCAACCCAAGUACUUAUCUUGCUACUGCUUUUCAUGUUAAGUUUGUUGACUCAAACCUUUGUCAUUAGUAUUAUUUUCUACAAGGGUUUUAUCAGAGUCAGUUAUUAGUAUCUUUUUUUAACUGUAAUCGUAUUUUUUGUUCGAGCGUGCUUGUUUUUAAAAGUAGGUGGUCAAAUGCAUGAUGUGCUUGGCCAAACUUAUAUUAUAAGAAUAUAUUUAUUUUCAGCAAAAAUA